GGCAGAUAGUUGGGAGCACACCUCGUCUUUCUAAGUCGUUGCUGACCCGUAGCGUGGCAUACUAGAAUUGACACUAGAUCGGGGCGUCACGGUACCUGCGUACAUUUGUUUCAUGUCAUAAGCAUUUGUAUUACAAUUAAAGAAUUAUAUAUAAGGCCGGGUUAGAAUAACCGCGGCGGGUUAGUGUGUUAGAUAUCUCCGUGUGUCCAGGACCUAUCAAACUGUGCACGUCUUACGUAACUUUUACACUAGUGCAAAACAUAAUUACAAACGUGUGUAGGAAAGUCUCCUACUGGUGAAGAGACGAUUUAUCACAACGGUCACUAAUUCACAAAGUAAAAUACAGAUACAUAUGAUACCAGGUUUUUCUUUCGGAUUUUACUACGGCCAGUAACACUAUAGCGGACAAAGGCACAGACAUCAAAUAUACAGUUUACCUUUGAUAUUCAAGACCGAGCUGACGCAUAUAUAAAGCACAGCUAGACUUUGGUAACAGUAUUUAUCCAGCCGAGAGCUCACUCUGCCUUCAGUCGCUGUUGCUGCUACUGGUCCCACUGACCAAGAUAGGUCUUAGAAACCGCCUAUUAUACUCCGGCAGUAAACGUAGUAGAUACACUGCUACCAGUUAGUCUGAGUCAGGUACAAACUACGUUGUGCCAUUAGUAUAAGAUUUCUCUCUUCAACAGCUAUCGACUUAGUGUUGGCCUUCAGGGAUUAAUAACAACGAAUGCCAAGCUAGAAUAUCUAUAUCUGACCGACAAGAUUAUCAUUGUCAGUAUUGGUGUCAAAUAGCUAAUAUCGCUGAUACGGGAUACAAUACCUCCAAUUCGUUAUUCAAUUAACAAUUCCAGGUGCUUUCUUAAAAUCCUACGACGGAAAAAAUAUUUUGCAAGAUGGGAUAUGGAUAUUCGAUUUUGUUACCACCGACUUGUCAUUUUAUCAUGCAAUUGUGUUUACCUUGCUCUUCUUAAUAUGAGAUUAAUAUAGGUUUUAGCGAACCCCAUCGACGAUCAAGUUUACGUUUCUUGAUGAUAUUGGAUAUUGCUUGGAACGGUGUUGCUGAUGAAUAUUUUUUGUCUGUGUCUAACACGUCUGGAACAACAGUCAAGGACCACAGUCGUCAGUAGGUACCGUGCCUUGCAUCAACGCUGUAUCGUCAUUCUCGAAAGCAGUUUUACCUGGCUUUAAUCUUUGCACUUUACAAGACAGAAGUUGACAUUUUGCCACUAGUAUGUGUCUGAAGUGCAUAGGUAUUCUGUAGAACGUGACAAGUUAAGAGUGGUUUUAACUUUGAGAAUUGCAUUUGUCAACGAUAUUAAAACUCCCAUGAUUCUUGGUCCGGAUUACAGACAAAUGCAAAUAUCACUAACUAUUCUAAAACUGUUGCAACAGGUUCGUUAGAGACAAAGUAGUUCGUGAAGAUUUGCUUUUUUUUUUAUUAUUCCCAGAGUUCAGAAAUAUAUAAUUAGAGUGAUACUUGAACUGCUUAUUGAUUUGAUUCCUUGACUGUAUUAUUAUGUUUAUUGGUUUGACAUAUCUACAUACGUAGACUGCUGUGGAGUCUAUACCUCAAUUCUUCUGUUAAAUUGCAAUACGGCCGGAUAAAUCUACCUUUAUAACAGCUCUUUCAGCGCCAUAGCGUAAAAAAUAGCUACAGACAUCGAUAAGAUAUAGGUUAAAAAGUUAAAUCAAGAUACGGCACGAGGCGUUGAUCAAAAACAAAAACAUACAUGUAUAGAUUUAUCGUUGAGGAUCAAAUGGCGCAAAGCAUCUUGCAAUAAUUGGCUACAGCACUUGGUAUAUACCAGUUUAACACACGCCCGCGUGGUUUAUUGAGGAGAGUGUUUGUGUUUACACGGAGCAUUAAUUGUUGCUGUUUUACGAUACCCAAUAUGAUCAAUGGCAGAGACGGUGUUUUACUUACAAGCGUUCUCGUUCCUGAUUGGUUAAUUUGCCUCCGCGCGUGGUCUUUAUUUUCGACUCAAUAAUACCUGAGGACAUUGUGUGUUCUAGUCACUGUUAACACAGACAAGGUACAAAUUGUUGGAACUCUUCUUUGGAAAUUAAGAAAAUACGAAACUCAUUUCCACUUCAGAUUCUGUGUUCUCCUGUGAUGCAAAUUUAACUAUCACACAAUGACUAUCGGAGAACUAGUAAUUAGUGCGUUAACGUCAGCCUGUGAGGUUGUAUCAAGAUAUUGAAAUUAACAGUUCUGUGAAAGCAACAACAGUGUGACGCUGUAGUUGUCACGUGUCUGGCUUAUCAUAAAACGUGUGUCACAUUGGUCAAUACAGUGACUACUGUGGAUAUUUGAAGUGAAUAUCAGUUUGAUAUAACUACGGAAAAGUGUUUCAAUAUUCAAAGGAGUUGUUUUGUUGCUGGUAAAAGAGACACUUUAUGGAUAUUUGAGAAUAGUUUUACAGGUCGUCAGUUCGCAUGUGUGUAUCAACAAUAUGGAUUUUACUAAACCGUUAUUGAUGAACCAUAUUGCUGACCUGUGCCAAUUCUAAUCAAGAUGGCGGACAACAGCGCCCCAUUGAAGAACAUCGCGGGACCCGAGAACAACACUUCGAGUGGAAAUUACUCAGUGUUUCAUGAACCAGAUUUAACACUACUCGAGUCAAUAAGACAAUGUCAAGAAAGUUCUGCCAAGAUCGAGUUACAUGCAGGUGUGACGUAUUGCCCGCACGAGUACGAUGGAAUUCUUUGUUGGAUGACCAGUCCGACUGAUUCCUUUGCUUCGGUCAAGUGUCCGACUGCCUACGAGGGCCAUCCUAUACCGGAUCAUAUUUUGGCCACACGGUACUGCAACACUACAGGCCUAUGGGAGGAGACGACGAAUUAUUCACAGUGUCUGGCGUUCUACAAGACCAUUCAAAACUCAGGGGAGGCAGACCAGAAUACCCAUCUGUGGAUGAUUGUACGGGACAUCUAUUUCGUCUGCAGUAUCCUCUCUCUUGUCUUCCUCAUCGUCACACUCUUCAUCUUCUCAUACUUUAGAGCACUUCAGUGUAGUCGGAUAGCCAUCCACAAGAACCUCGUUGUAUCAUUCAUCAUCCGUUUCGUCGUCCUCAUCGUCAUGAUUGAACCUCUAGUGACAGGUCGGGCAACUUCCUACCAAGAUCUGGAGUGGCUGUGUAAGCUAUUUCAAGUUCUGAAUCAGUACACGGCACUGGCCAAUAUCUACUGGAUGUUUGUGGAGGGCCUCUUUCUACAUAAUAGUAUAGUUGUAUCAGUCUUCAGCACCGAGGCGCCCUUCAAGCUAUUCUUCUUCAUUGGCUGGGGUUUUCCAGCAUUGGUAAUAGUCACGUGGGCGAUCGUCAUGCAUUUCGAGAACGCAAAUUCAUGUUGGGGCAACUACUCCCAAAUGCCCUUUAUUUACAUCAUCAUAGUCCCGUUCCUCGCAGCAUUGAUUAUUAAUUUAUUAUUCCUAAUCAACAUUAUCCGCAUCUUAGUGAAGAAACUGAGGGCCAACAAUACCAUCGAAUCGGACCGUAUUAGGAGAGCCAUUAAGGCCACUAUCGUAUUGAUGCCACUCCUAGGUCUCACGAAUAUCUUAUUUGUUUACAACCCGGAGGACGGAGGUGGCCUGCAGAGCGCGUAUCACAUUACCAAUGCUGUCCUGCAGUCCAUACAGGGAAUAAUGGUUUCCAUAUUCUACUGCUUCCUAAAUGGAGAGGUGCGGCGCGUGAUUAAACGGAAGUGGUACCGAUUUAAGAUCCGAAGGUUCUUACAGUCAGGCGGUCGCCGCCGGAGCUCUCGGACUUCUUCGUUUAUCCUCUCCCAAACCGAGGUUCAGGAUUUGAAUGAAAUGGCGAGCUUGACCACAAAAGCCAAUAUGGCUGCAGGUCAUGAUGAGCCUGACCUUGUUGAUGUGAGAGAGACUACCGUUGACCAGGAACGGAGAGAAAGUGUAACGGACCAGGGACCGGAAACUACACAAAGUGUUCCCAUCGGAAAUCACGUGAUACCUGACGUUUGGAAUCACGCAAAUGGCGUCGAUUUGUCUCAGUCGUUCGAUUCUGAUGAAGUCAUCAGUCCCAAAGAAGUGUCUGAUUAUAUGGAGGAAGCUUACACUGAGAUUUUAGAUUCAUUUCCUCCAGCCAAUGACACGUUAAGUGAUAUAGAUAAUUCAGAGACAGACAACUUAAAAGAGGAUAACGAAUUUAAUUGGUCUAAAUCACCCAAUGAAAAUCCAUCUAAGCAUGAUGGAACGUGUAUCGUUAACCUGACCUCCAAUCCGGAGAGUUCUCAGUAUCCUUUAUCGAAUGGUCAUUCCCAACACAGACCCUGGUCAGUGAGUGAAAGUAGCGACAUAUCGGCAGGAGCCAGUACCCAUAAUACAGACAGCCCCAACCCUUCCACAUGUAGUAAUGCUCCUCUCCUCACUACCCAACAAACAGGCCGCGACGAGAACGACAACAGUCACGUGACUAAACCCGAAACGCCAAUUUGUGCUGACUAUAAUGGUGAUUGGGACGAGAUUUUUGCCAUCUGUGAUACCUUUGAUCACGAUACUAGGACGGAAUCUACAAGCUGAUAGACGCAAGAUUUCAGUCGUUAUCACGACGACUAGGACGUGUGGUAACUCAUAGUCGGUAGAAUGGUAAAAUAAGUUCAACAAGUGAUUUAAAUGGAUUUUUGUCAAUAUUGGCCUCCUUUCGCACAAUAAGUCCAGGGUUGAUGUGAUAUUUCCUAUGGAGUAAAACUUAACUAUAAACUAGUUGACUCAUGGAAAGAUUCCUGUUAGUCAGGGUAUCCCGCCUCACAACAACACGAAAGCUGACGACAGAAGAACUGCGAAAGCCAAAUAUUUUCCAUUAAUCAGUGUGAUAGUGAAACGCAACGUUCUUCUCCAAUGAGGUAAAUUACCAUAUAACAAUAUGAUAGUUAAUCCUUGUGUGAUGAUUAAUUUAUAAUCUACCUAAAGGUAUUUGGAGUAGUGCUAGUAACUUAAAAUCAAGCUCGACAAAUAUGGAUACUAUGUUUUUAUGAUCAGGUACGAACGGUUGAGUCGUUGUCUAGGAGUUGAAGUUCUUUCUCAGACAAGUGGAGAACGCACCACUGUUGGAGAGCAGUCAUGAACAUUUCUAUAAUGAUGGUGCGAAUCGUAGAAGUUCUAAAAGAACCACGCAUGCGUGUCUCCUCAAUCUGUGAUUGUUCAAACUAUUAGUAGGACGCGGUGAUGAUUUUGGCUAGAAUAUGAGGUACUUACAUACAGGUUCAGCCCAAUGUAGAUCACACCAUGAUUUGUGGUCGGUCAUGAAUAUUUUGACCAAAAAAUGGUGUAUAGCAUUGUGCAAUUUGUUAAGAUACCGUGUUUUCUUCUCAGUGAGUACAAGAACACACCAAGAUUGGAUUUGUGUUGCUAUUAUUAAAAAGAAAAAAGCAGGGUGCGUUCUGCCAACACCAGCAAUGCAAGACCGUUCUUUUCUGAAUUCCUAGCGAAUUAGAAGAUGGAAUUAUCAGUAUGUUAUACAGUGGUAUGUGCCAUGCCGGCAAUCAGUAUUAUCGUUAUCACUAUUAAACGAACGAUAACUCGAAUAGAAAGUCACUGUUACUGUUGUCUACCGAAGAAUGGAGGACAUAUGACAGAUGGAUGGUCAAAACAGACUUAUUAAUAUAUAUAUUAAUUAUAGUUUUAAGUCUGGUGAAAUGUUUAUGAACCAUUUCAUGCAAUGACUCACUAUAUAGUAUAGAUAUUGAAACGUUUUGUAUGUUAUUUAUGGUUAAAUUUAUUUUACAAAUUGCUUGCAUACAGUAUGUGAUAUGGUAACACAUUAGAUAAGUGUGGAUGAUCAUUUUUAUAUAUUAUUUAUUCAUUAUUUUCGUUUUCCAGUAGUCUUGCCUAAAGCGUGAAUAUGUGAUAUGGUGACGCUCUAGAUUAGAAAUAAGAGUUCGUUUUAAUUUCGUACAAAUACAGUUUCACCGUGAUUAGCUAAGAUGUAAUCAUUUCUAUUUCUUGAAAUAAGCGCAUGAUUGUAUUCGUUCUUUCAUAAGUAAUUUGGGAGCAUAAAUGAUAUUUAUAUCUCUAUUUAUUGAUUAAUAUCGAACGGGAGAGAAUAGUUAACUUAAAGUAACAGUAUUUCCUGCUUAAGUAAAUAAUGCGUUAAGAUUUUGUUAAGCUUUUUAAAUUCCUUUUUAAUUAUAGGCAAAAUGUUCCGAAACGCUUUUAUGAAACUCUUAGUUUUAUUAAUAUACACUAUACAUAUUAAUUAUGCAUUUAUUUGUAUAUUAUUUAUUUCAAAUAAGCACUAUAUCGUAUUUUAUAAAUUUGGCAUUGAUUUGAUUGCCAGGCCGUCGAAUAUGUAGUUAUAGCAAGCAAUUAAAUUGCCUUUUUAUACAUAGUUUGUGAAAUAAUGAAAUAGUAUGAAAAGGUGCUCCAAAAUCUCUGUAUGUAAGCUUAAAAUGUACUAUGUAUGAAACGCCAUACACUGCGCAAAUUGCAUUGCCCUGUUUACCGCAGUUAUGAUAAACGGUUGGUUGUAAAAUGGCAUAGCCAGCUGGACGAAUCUUUUUCGUAUACAAAAUAAUUGGCAGCUCUGAUUACUUUGAUUCCAUGAAUAUGUCUGCCCAUGAUCACAUUCAGGACACUAGGGCGCCAAACAUCAAUCGGAAUAUAUAACAAAAACAAUUGCUUUACCCAAAAUUGAAUCCAUAGUGAAAUACAAAUUGGAUUGAGAAACAGUGAUCUGUCAUUUGUUAGAAUGGUAAAGGUCUUGAACAAUCCGCGGAUACAAAGUAUUGUCAAGUUUGUUAUGUUUAUAAGAUUAACUUUGUUAUUUAAUUUGUAAUGCGACGUUUUGAAACAGACUGACAUUAUCAUGCAAAGCAUUGUAAAUAUUUAUGUACCGUAAUUAAGUCCUGUGUGUCUAAUACGUCAUUUUAAACUACAUUUAACAUGAACUAACUUAUGUGUGUCCAUAUAAAGAAAUAUAUUUAAAUGUAUUUUAACGUCAAUAUUUAGAUAUGCUUCAGUGGUAUUGAAUUAAUUUAAUUCCAUACAGGAUAAUGCUAUUUAAAAGCAAUUGUAAAAUAUAUUUUUACUGAAAUAGCAUGCGUUUUAAAAUCAAUUUUA